AUGCGUCAGCCGCACGGAUUGGUUGCUGCUCGGAUAAGCAAAGAAAGCUCGAAUGGCCACCGCCGUCGUCGUCUCGGCGGCGGCUCUCCCCGCCGGCCGUCGCCGGUGCGUUAUACACCCCGCCGAGCGGCGCUGCGCGACGUGCCUCAGCUCCACGCGGCUCUGCUCAAGUCCGGUGAGCUCACCACUUCGCCAGAGUCCUUCCACUCCUUCCCCGAGGCUACCACGCUCCCGUCGCCGGCCACCACCGCGGCCCACCUCGCCUACGCGAUCCGCCUGCUCCGCCUAGGCCCCCACCCGCCCCUCUCCGCGCGGUCCUACAACAUCCUUAUCCGUGCCCUCUUCCGCGCGGGCCACCCGGAGGAUGCCCUCCACCUGUUCGUCGAAAUGCUCGAUGCUGCCAUUGCUGCCAACGUCUGCCCCGACCAGCACACGAUUGCCAACACCGUAAAGUCCUGCGCCAGGAUAUAUGCCUUGGCUACAGGGCGCAGCGUUCAGGCGUACGCUGUCAAGCUUGGGUUCAUGGCCGAUCAGUUUGUGCUGAACAGCUUGAUACAUAUGUAUGCGAGCUGUGGGGAUAUCAUGGCGGCAAAGGUACUGUUCAACGCAGUCGAGGAAAAGGGUGUCGUUACAUGGAAUGCGAUGAUAGCGGGCUACUUCAAGAAUGGAGACUGGAAGGAGGUAGUGGACAUGUUUAAGGGUAUGCUUGAGGUUCAGGCACCGUUUGAUGAGGUCACAUUGGUGAGUGUUGCCACAGCAUGCGGAAAAAUAGGUGAUUCUAAGCUCGGCGAGCGGAUUGGAGUUUAUGCAGAGGAGAAGGGGAUGGUGAGGAACAGAAACUUGGCAACUGCGCUGGUUGACAUGAAUGCCAAGUGUGGAGAACUUGAUAAGGCGCGGAGAUUGUUUGACAGGAUGCACUCCCGGGAUGUGGUUGCUUGGAGCGCGAUGAUCUCUGGCUACACUCAAGCCGACCGAUGUCGAGAGGCACUUGCUAUUUUUAAUGAGAUGCAGGCUACCGAGGUGAACCCGAAUGAUAUAACCAUGGUCAGUGUGCUCUCUGCCUGUGCUGUCCUGGGUGCACUUGAGACGGGCAAGUGGGUGCAUUCAUACAUAAGGAGAAAGGCCUUGUCCCUUACAGUUGUUCUUGGCACUGCGCUGGUGGACUUCUAUGCAAAGUGCGGAUGCAUUGAAGAUGCAGUCAAGGCAUUUGAGUCGAUGCCUGUGAGGAAUUCUUGGACGUGGACAGCCUUGAUAAAGGGCAUGGCAAGCAACGGAAGAGGUAGAGAAGCGCUGGAGCUCUUCUCAUCCAUGCGGAAGGCCAACAUUGAGCCUACAGAUGUCACAUUCAUUGGUGUUCUCCUAGCUUGCAGCCACAGUUGCUUAGUUGAGGAGGGUCGCCGGCAUUUUGAUAGUAUGACCCAGGAUUAUGGCAUCCAUCCAAGGAUUGAGCACUAUGGCUGUAUGGUUGAUCUGUUGGGACGGGCAGGUUUGAUUGAUGAGGUGCACCAGUUUAUCAGGAAUAUGCCAAUUGUGCCAAAUGCAGUUGUCUGGAGGGCACUGCUUUCUGCUUGCACAGUUCACAAAAAUGUUGAAAUCGGAGAAGAAGCGCUGAAGCAGAUCACCCCACUAGAUCCCAAUCACAGUGGUAACUACAUACUUCUAUCGAACACCUACGCGUCAGUGGGACAAUGGAAAGACGCAGCUAUGAUUCGGAAGGAAAUGAAUGAGAGAGGGAUCAAGAAAAUUCCUGGGUGCAGUCUCAUUGAGCUGGAUGGGACAAUCUUUGAGUUCUUUGCUGAAGACAGCGACCACCCCCAGUCGAGGGAGAUAUAUGAGAAAGUGGAUGAGAUGAUUGAAAACAUCAAGAUGGCUGGGUACGUCCCAAAUACCGCUGACGCAAGGCUAGAUGUUGAUGAAUCUGAGAAGCAAGUGUCCGUUUCACAUCACAGCGAGAAGCUAGCCAUUGCGUUUGGCCUGAUGAAGUCGCGCCCUGGCGCAACCAUUCGGCUGUCGAAGAAUUUGAGAGUGUGUGUGGACUGCCACUCCGCCACGAAGUUGAUCUCGAAAGUGUACAACAGGGAGAUUGUUGUCAGAGACAGGAACAGGUUUCAUCAUUUCAAAGAUGGUUUGUGCUCCUGCAAUGAUUACUGCACAGUUUCCUUUCAUUGUUUUGGCCACAACGACGGCAUUUGCUGGGUCGACUUUGAUGGCUCAACCUACGGCUGCUUCUGGUGAGUUGGUGUUGUUGUUGUUGUCAACAAAGCUGACGCGUGGAUGCGCACAUGUCUAAUUUGUUUAGCCUUAUUAUAAUCUUUGUUGUAAUAUCGGCUGUUGAUAUAACCACUUAUCUGUACAUCGGGUGAGUGAGAAAUCUCCAUAUCCGACAGAAGCAGUACCUUUCAAGUGUCAUCCGGGCGGCAAGUACACCAAGUUGUAAGCAGCGAAAUUGCGUAGGAGCAUUCGGCGACGACGCUCAUUGGAAUCUUGCCCAUCAAAUCGCUUUGGGAUUCUCACGCACUAUAAUAGCCCCAAUUGUAUUUAUGUCCUUAUAACUAGUAUUUAUCUUUCCCCUGUUCAACAUAGCAGACGUAAAGUACACGUGUUUCUGUUCCCCACACAUUAAGGUUU